AGCUCAUUGAAAAGAAAAAUGGCCGACCCCGAGUUAGAAGCAUUGAGAGCUCAGAGGUUAGCCCAGUUACAAGCUGAAAGAGGAAUUCAGGGAGGAGAUGGAGGUCCAAGCCAAAAAGCAGCGGAGGAGAGGAAAAGGGAGACAGAAGAGAUGAAAAAUUCUAUUCUAAGCCAAGUUUUGGACCAAUCAGCAAGAGCAAGAUUGAACACUCUUAUGGUGGGAAAGCCAGAGAAGGGUCGUAUGGUGGAGAACAUGCUACUGCAGAUGGCCCAACGUGGACAGUUGAUGGGACGGCUUGGGGAGAAUGAACUCAUUGGUAUCUUGGAGCAAGUCAACGAGAAAAUGUCACAGGCAAAAACAACAGUGAAGUUUGACAGACGGAGAGCUGCCUUGGAUGACUCAGAUGACGACCUAUAGCCCAUUUUAUUUUAUUUUUAUCAUCUUGCAACGGACUGUUAAUAUAAUUAAUUUAGGUUAAGACCUCUCUCUAUACUAACUAUUAAAAAUCAAUUAUUUGCUAUAA